AUGCCACGUUUUGAAAACAACAACUAUAAUUACAACAACGGCAAAGCCGUUUGGAGCUCCGGCCGCCCCGACGCCUACCCGGCGACGCGAUUCGGGGGCAGACCGCCGCGAGCAAACCGCCGCGAAGGUGGCGGCCUCCGGGGUCCACAUGGGGAUGACGGUGAGGGCGAGAGUCGCCAACCGGAGGAGCCGCGAAUGGAGGAAACCAGCCCCGCAACCCUCGAUCUUGUGUUAGAAAGAUUGGAGAGGUUGGAGAGAUUGGGUAAAUUCGAGACAGAGAGAGAUGAUUCAGCCCGUCGUGUCGACAAUCUUGACCAUUCUUGGUCACGGGAGACGGAACAACCUUCGGGUUUUGAUGUCGGAGGUGACUGGGGGUACGACGAGACGCGUCGCAUGAGAUCGGGCGAUCGGGCUGCUGGCGGACGAAACCCUAAUUGGGGUUUUCACGAGGGUCCGCAGGACGCUAGGGCACGACGCGAUACCAUCAGUCGUAAUGGGCCCGAAUGGACAACACAAGGCAACCGCAAUCCGAGGCAAUCAUCUGGGGGGUUCGAUCGUUCUUUUAAUCGGCCACCAACAUGUUGGGACCCUCCACAGAGAUAUCAGGGUAGUGCCCAAGGUUUCGAGAGGCAGCAAGGGGUGAGGAUGGAUCCCCCGCGAUUCGACGGGUCGGAUGCGAACAAUUGGAUUUCUAGAAUCCAAUAUUACUUUAAUCACCUUAUGAUGCCCGAAGCUCAACGAUUACAUUAUGCCGUGAUGUUAUUUGACCAACCGGCAGCAGAAUGGGUGUUUAAUUAUUGUGCAAACAAUGAGUUCGUCACGUGGGACGACUUUCUGGAGGAUGUUCGCCAUCGCUUCGAUAGAAGGAGCACUCAGAAUUAUUUUGGUCUAUUGGCAAAACUCACACAAACAGGACCACUGUUGGAAUAUCACAAUACGUUCGAAAAAUACUUGAAUCGGGUCCAAGGGGUCCCGGAAUCAGAGUUGUUCACUUUGUUUGUAGCGGGCCUCAAGCCGGACGUGCAGGAGCGCGUAAGGUUGCACAGACCAGGGUCCCUAUCAGCCGCAGUGGCCUUGGUUUUGGAGUGGACAGAUGCUCCGUAUGAGCGCGGGACACAGCCGGCCUUUUCGGCCACACAACGUCGGCCUUGGCAGAACCGUGAGGGCCGAGGGCAGCCUAUUACCCCGGCGGGCCCAACGGCAGCAUCGGGCUCAGCCAUGACGGGCCAGACAGCGGGCCCGGUUAGCCGCGGUGGGGAAAGACCGCGAACCGGCGCAAUUCGAGUGUCCCAAGCCGAAAAGACAGAGCGCGGCCGUUUGGGUUUGUGUUACUAUUGCCCCGAAAAGUGGAUCGUCGGACAUGUGUGCAAACAAAGACUGCUAUGCUACGCCGAGGACGAAGCAGACGAGGAUAAGGAGGCGGACGAAUUUUCGGGUGAGGAGACGGUGCCGACGGACGUGUCGCAUGUUCACGCAAUGGAUGGGGGUCGUCGAUCUCGGCCGAUUAAGGUCGUGGGGGUUAUACACGAUCGUGAGGUGUGUGUCUUAAUAGACACAGGGAGCGACCAAGAUUUUCUCCACCUAAAGAUUGCGGAAUCAUUGCACUUGCCGCUAUCGCCUAUUCGCCCAUUCAAGGUGAUUGUGGGUAACGGGGCAGCCCUUCUUUGCACACGCGUCUCCAGACAGACAAAAUUAGAGGUGCAGGGCUCGGUUUUUAUGGUGGAUCUCCAUAUUCUACCUAUUCACGGGCCAGAUGUGAUUCUAGGAAUGGACUGGCUGGAAUCGUUGGGGAAGGUGACCGCAGAUUUUGUGGGAAAAACAUUGGAAUUCGUGCACGGAGAGAGCCGUAUUAAGUUGACGGGGGUUACGCCGCCCGCCCGCAAGAUAGAUGGAGUCUCAUUGGCGGCUAUGAUGUCCCCUUCGGGAGGUUUGGAAGUAUAUGAGAUCAUGCUCCUGGAUCCGGAACCGACCACUACCACGUCCGAGAUCCAAGAGGAGUUCCCGGCGGAUCUGGCGCCACCCAUAGCUGCGGUUCUGGAGACUUACAGACCGGUUUUUAGCAGGCCGUCCGGGAUGCCACCAUCGCGUCCUUAUGAUCACCGCAUACAUCUGCUGCCGGGCACGAAACCGAUCAAUGUCAGGCCGUACCGCUACCCCUAUUUUCAAAAAAACGAGAUAGAGCGGCAGGUCAAGGACAUGUUGGAUCAAGGGAUUAUUCAAAGAAGCAACAGUGCAUUCUCUUCACCAGUGCUGCUGAUUCGUAAGAAAGAUGGAUCUUUUCGCUUCUGCAUUGAUUAUCGUGCGCUGAACACCGCCACUGUACCGGACCAUUUUCCAAUACCCACGGCGGAUGAGCUUUUUGACAAAUUGGGAAAAGCCCGGGUGUUUACGAAGCUAGAUUUGCGGUCAGGGUACCACCAGAUCAGGAUGCAAGAGGAGGAUGUCUUUAAAACGGCCUUUCGAACACAUGACGGCCAUUUCGAGUUCUUGGUGAUGCCUUUUGGGUUGACAAAUGCCCCAUCGACCUUCCAGGCAGCAAUGAACGCUAUUUUUCAACCAAUGUUACGGAGGUUCGUCAUUGUUUUCUUCGAUGACAUACUGGUUUACAGCCCGACUCUGGAGGAUCAUGGGGAGCAUUUGGCCGCUGUAUUGAAAGUUCUACAAGAAAAUAGUUUCUUCGUCAAGUUAUCCAAGUGCUCUUUCUGCAGUUCCACCGUGGAAUAUUUGGGACACUUGAUCAGCAAUGGUUCUCUUAUGGCCAACCCCAAUAAAAUUAGUGCGAUGACGGCUUGGCCGAAGCCAAAGAAUGUUAAGCAACUCCGAGGGUUUUUAGGGCUAACCGGUUAUUACCGUCGUUUCGUGGCGGGAUACGCGCUGAUUGCGUCACCCUUGACCGAUAUGUUGAAAAAGGACGCAUUUGUAUGGACCCCAGAGGCGGAAUCUAGUUUCUUAGAUCUGAAGGGAGCCAUGACGACAGCCCCGGUGCUUCGUCUACCUGAUUUUGAGAAGACUUUCUGCGUCGAGACGGACGCCUCGGAUACGGGCAUUGGCGCGGUAUUACUACAGGACACGCACCUGAUUGCUUUCUUUAGCAAGAAACUUGGGCCUCGCCGCCGAGUCGCUUCCACUUAUCACAAAGAAUUAUACGCGAUUGUCGAGGCGGUACAAAAAUGGCGUCAAUACCUCCUUGGGAGAGAGUUCGUCAUUAGGAGUGAUCAAAAGAGCUUGAAAGAGCUGCUCCAGCAGAUAGUACAGACGCCGGAGCAGCAGCUAUAUGUGCGUAAGCUCAUGGGGUAUAAGUUCGUUAUCGAGUAUAAGAAGGGGAUCACGAACCUAGCAGCCGACGCGCCUGUCACGGCGCGAGGUAGACGAGCCUUCCGACGACGAGCGCACGGUAGAUCACCCGGAAGACGACGAGGGGCCCGGAGCAGAGCGCAGCGGCGAAAUUCUGGCCGCCGCGGCACACCCUAUCCCGCAGCUGCUGGAGUUACUUCGGCGAGAAACCGCGACGUCCCCGCAAAUGCGAGAGAUCGUGGUCGAGAUCAAGGAGGGGCGGGCCCCACCUCAUUUGACCUUCGUAGACGGCCUUGUGUUCUACAACCGGCGCUUAUUUGUGAGCUCACGAUCGUCAGCAAGGAUGCCGAUAUUGACGGAAUAUCAUUGUUCACAAUCGGCGGGUCACCCCGGGUUCGAGCGUACGUUGCGCCGCGUGACUGCCGAUUUUUACUGGCCCAACAUGAAGAAAGAAGUUAA